CAAGAGAAUCUUCAUCUCAGUUGUCAUGGUGAUGGGUCAGUUGUCAUAAGAAAUUAGAUGUUUAAGUCUGUGUUUCUUCUGCUGAUCUGUGUAUUCAUGGAGAAGGAGGUUUCUUUGGCAUCAUGGACAAUCUAAACAAGGAUGGAGAUUCUGAUGGCAGAGAGUCUUAUUUCAGAGCUAUUAAAGACUUUGGCUGAGAGGAAAUCACCACCUUGUGACACCACACGUAUUGAUCCCCGAAACAUCAGCUCCACCCUCUCUGUCCUCAAGAACAGAAGGACGGGCAUGUCAAACACUGGUGUGUCCUUUAGAUCCAGAUCCGUCCUCCCUGAGAACAUCAGUCAGCUGUCCAAGUGUCAGUUUAAAAGGCGGGAUCACCUGAGGGAAAGCUUGUCUGCCUUUCUACCUGUUCCUGCCCCCAUCACUACAGUGGCCUCAUCUCAGAGGGGACGACUGCAGCCCAGCUUACCAUCAUCAGAUCCUGUCAAUCUUUCAGACCUGGUAGAAAAGUCUGAGAUGCAGUCCUCUGACUUGAUGUCAUCUAUUGGAGAACAGCUUAAAAAGCAUGAGAUACAUCCACACAUCCGAGGCAAACAUUGUGAAUGCCUUCAUUGCCAUGUGUGCCAUGUGCCAACCAAUGAAUGGUUCUUUGAGGACCUGACGGACCUCCAGAGGAAGCUGUAUUCGGGUGCCUCAAAGAAACAUGGAGUCCAGAGGCACUCUUGAACAGCUACUGAUAACAACUGAUCACAAUUCCCCUCUUUAACACCCAGGUGGAGAAAGUCAAAUGAACGAUAAAAUCCAAUUGAAAC